CCCUACCACCGCCGCCACUCAUGCUCAGCGCGCCCCGCCGGCCACACGCGCACCCCGGCGACACAGGACACAGUGAUAACCGAUACCGUGAAGUGAAGUGACUGCCCCGUGACAUGUGCUGAGGAGUGUACCCCGACGUGAUUUGUUAUUGCAGCCUCUACCGUUUAAUAUAAAAUAUGGUGAGAGGGGCGACGUCGGCGCUAGUGCUAGCGCUGGCAUGGGCGUGCGUCGCGCGAGCCAGCGUGCUCGUGCCCACCUACGUGCUGCCGCCCGAGUCCUUCGUGCGCGAUCAGAGGUCGCUCGGCCGGCCGCAGGACGCGGACGCCGGCGAAUCUCAGCGAACGAUCAAACGCCUCAUCGGCGGACACAUGAAAAUCAAGUCCGAGAAGGACCACGGUAGCCCGAAAAACUCCAUCGUCGUCGACGACAAGUCCGAGGGCGGAAAAUUCGCCGGCGUGAUAGCUCCGGAGCUAUCCGGCAGCACCGUAGGGUGGAACCAGGGCAUUUGGGAUGACGGCAUGCUCAUGUCCAGCGCGGGGGAGGGCAAAGACGCCGGGAAGAUGAAGGAGGACGACGAGGACAAAAAGACGUUAUCCGAUCAGGUGGCCGAGGGCAAGUAUGGCCUGAUACAGGAUGAAUUAUUUUCGAAGACCCCCAAGCGACCCGGAAUCGUGAGUUACCAGCCGAACUCCGAGACGAGAGCGAAAGAUAACUUGCAGAACUUGGGAGGUCUGAAGAAGGAGGAGAUAUGGCUCGCGGAGGAUCACCUGCUAGUGAUUAAAGGAGGAUCGUUCCCGGAGAGGACGAAGGAAUCCGAGCAAAAGAUAUGGCCACCGAUCGAUAACUAUGAGGCGCCCCGAAGGCAAGUAAAGCUCCCGCAUAAACCCAAAGUUCCCCCGCCCUUUCCAGUACAACUCUCCGACGACGGACCGCUCGUCUUCCUCACGCCAAACGGUAGUGUCCCUGCGGCCGUUUUCCCUCCCUUCCCUGCAGGAGAAGGCGAAAGCCCUCUAUAUCCGCCGUCAUUCCUUUUCCCACCGGGAGCGUUCGACGCCCAGGGUUAUAAUCAGGGAAACGCUUCUGCCGGGGGUGCGCCGAUGCCAAAUCCUCCGUUCCCAUUCCUACCUGGGAAUGCGAGCGAAGGACCCAUGAACGGCUCUUUUCCAGAAGGCUUCCCUCCGGGCGCCGCAUUUCUACCACCACCCAGCAACCAAACCGACCUGUACGACGAAGACGACCCUUCGAUCUACUAUCCGCCGCCAUACAAUUUUUCCUACCGCGCUGACUUCGACAGCAAAGUGCCGGCUGGACCUCUAGUACCUGGAAUCAUACUACCACCCCCACCCGAUUUCUUUGCGCCUCUCGAAGAAAAGACGACUACGGAAGAAGUAUCUACAACUUCGAGAUCUAAAGCAUACAGCAGGACGAAAGUGGACCCAAAGCCACCGGUGACAACUCCAUCCUAUAGAAAUAAAUUGAAGUCCAGACUGACCACCACCGAUCCUACGACGACCACCGAACAGUUCACUACGGUGACAACACCGGAGGACGUCGAGACUACUACUAAAUAUAGAAAAACUCAGAGAAUUGUCACUUCAUCACCGAGAAACCAGGUCAAAGUGCACAACCUACCCGAGCAAGUCUCGACGAGACCUAAAGUCGAGAAGCCCGUAUACAAAACGCGUGCGAAGCUCACAUCCAAACCUCUCUCCGUUUCUGUGUUCUACGACUAUCCAGAACAAACAUACGAACGGAAGCCUACGACAUCUGAGAAGCCUUACGUGCUGUACAACGUGCCCGCUAAUGCUAUCAACAGUAUCGCUAAGGACGUUUCCUCUACGUCUGUACCAGUGAAAUACUAUACAAAUGUACAAAACGAUGAAGUUCCUACUACAAAAUUGCAACCAAUUUAUAACCAGAAGCCUAGCGAAGACGGUCUCGCCUCUUUCUACUUCUUCGACGAGCAACCGAAGAGCUCGGCGGCACCAGAUAAUUAUUACGAUAACAGAAAUUACUACAACACAAAUCAACAAGCGUACGUGCCGAAACAAAGAGUAAACCCCCAGAACAGUUUCUCGCCGGCCUCGUACAGUUCGAUCAGCCAGGCCGACGCUCUGUUCCUGUGGCCCCAGAAGCAGGGACCGCACACACUCACGCAAGAGUACUUCAGCAUACAGAAGCCACGACAAAAUGUAUACGUCCAACAACCUAAGCAGCGACCGAACUCGUUCUACCAACAGAUAGCUGACAUCCAACAAACGAUAGACUUGUUCACGACGAAGAAGCCGAAGUCUCACCGGCCCUACAACACCAAACCUAAACCUCUUCCGGGCCGACCGGUGUAUCAGUUCAACUUCGAAACGCAGCCUAGACCCGACAAGUUCACCUUCCGUGCGCCGAAGCUGGACCCCGAGCCUUUCAGACCCAUGGUCAGCUACAGCAAACCGUUCAACGCCGAGAACGAGUUCAAUACGGCGUCACCCUCGUACCAGCCGGAGUAUCAGCAAUAUCUGGUGGAGAACGUGCAGGUCACGACCGAGUCGCCGACCUCGUCCAGGUACUACCCUAAAAAUAAACCGAGAGAGGAGGACUACGAGGACGUCGCGAUCGGCAAGGCCGUGCCCGUCCAGAGCAACAGGAAUCACAUCCCGGUACAAACCGGAAAACCCGUCCAGCAGGUGAACAGAUACCCCAGCACCACGCCCAACCCCAUCAGCAACGGCUACUACACGAAGCACGACGAGAGGUACCUCGACGACAUCACUAAGAACUCGUUCGACGUCUUCGGCCAGAAGCUGGAGGACGGCGGUCUGGCGGGCGUCACCCCGCCCAUCGGCACGGUGAAAACGCCCAUCGACAACGACAUCAACAUAAAGUACGCGUACGAGUACGAGAACACGCGCAACCCGCCGUCCCUGGCGAAGGACACUGAGGUGAACGACCGGUUCCCGCGGCCCCACAUCAACCCGCUCAGCGAGUCCAUCUACGCCGGCAACCCGAGCGCCCCCCUCAUCCAGCGGCCGAACCCGCCGUCGCUGCUCCACGACACCCGGGUCAACGACAGGCUGCCGCGGCCGACGAUAAACCCCGACAGCGAGUUCAUACCGAUCCCGAACCCCAACUUCAAGCCGUACCAGUACAGGAUAGCGGCGCCGCUGCAGGCGCCGCCCGAGGCGAGCGAGCUGUACGACCUGAACGCGCCCUCGCUGGCCGGGGACACGGACGUCAACUACAGGCGGCCGCUGCCGACGCCGAACCCCGACGCGGAGUGGAUCGGCGCGUACGGCGCGGGCGAGGGCCGCCCGGGCUCGUUGGUGUCGUACCGCCUGCCCGGGGACGGCGCGCACGUGUACUUCGUGACGCCGCAGGCCGCGCACGCACAUGCGCACGCGCACAACUCGCGCCAGAGUUACCGCCCGCCCGGGUACGGCCGGUGAACCGAAGCUCUAGUCCGAACUGUAAGCCGUCGAGUGCGACGCAGUGUAAAUAAUACAAAGCGCAAAUGUGAUGUUUUAAAGUGUCCUAAGUAGUAUUAGAACGAAAAGACUAGCGGGGCGACCCGCGCUGCCAUAAUAUUUAACGCGUUAGAUGUGCGACCGUCAUGAACGCUCUAGUUUAACGACUAUUUAUUAAAUUAAUCGUAGAACGACUGUGGUGCGAGUGUAGUGAUAGUUAAUUUAUUUAUGUAUGUCAGUAUUUUAGUUGUGAUAGUACUGUGAGAACGGACAAUGUAAAAUAGCGAAUGAAUGUACAAAGUUGUGUAAGUAAUUUCAAUGACAUGAGUAUAUGUGAUUUUGUAAUAUUUUUAGAACAAAAAAUAAAUAUUUAUAAUAAUA